GCUUCUGACAUGUGUUGUGCUUAUAUGCUGACACAGCGUAUUUAAAUACUGUUACAGCAACUUUCUCCUCGUGCACUGCAGGACACACACCUACCUGCUAAACCACAACAACAUCUAGACAACACCGGACACGUCCUCCUCUUCCGGAACACAAAGGCCAAUCUCCGCAAACCUUCCGCGCACACGCAGUCGCACCUACACACUCCUUUCUUUCCACUACCAAUAUGGAGGACUACUCAACUAUUCUGCUUUAGGAGGAGGUGCUACGGUGAAUCACUAGGGUCAAAAGAAACGAGCCAUAGCUAGAAUUGGCGACGCAAGGGACGCUCCAUGGAAGUUGUAACGUUUGUUUAUCCAUGGAAACAGGACGCUUUUCCAGGAGGCAACCACAUUCAUAGCAAGAACCGGAUUGAAGAGACCUGAGCUAAGUAGUUUUGAAAACGGCUCCUCCUUUACACCCAUACAGAAGACAGUGCUGACUUGUAACCAGUGGUUUCUAAUCAAUCUCCUUACGGCCAGGAGUGAUGCCUUUGAAAGUUGUUGUUGAGCUUCAGAUACACGCUGUUACAUGCCCUGGUGUCUUUUUGCCAGAAAAAGAUGACAUUUUCCUCAAUGUUUCUAUUUUGGGCCAAUCUAAGGAGACAUCAUGUCUACCUGCUGUAUUUCCUUUGUUGUUCCAUGACAAGAUGAGAUUUGAGAAGGUGUUUCGAAAAGUGGUGGAUCCUGCCAUAGUGGCACAGCAUUUGGAAAGUCAGACAGUUAUCUUUGAAUUGACACAGCUAACAAAUCGAGUUGGGGAUAUUCUGGCUUUUUAUGAAGAGAAUACUCGAGAUUUCCUGUUCCCUGAGCCUAAGCUUACUCCACCAUACCCAGGAGUUGACAGAGAGGUGCUGAUGAAAGCAGUCCCUGAUUUUCCUGGUAUUGCUCCAAAGAUUGAGUUCUCUACACAAACAGUCAUCAAACAAGCUGACAAUUGCCAGAAAACAAGCAGAGCAGACAAACAUCAAUUCCGGAGGUCUUUGCCUAACACACCAAUAAGAUCGAGUACGUCCCCAACAAAAAGUGGCUGCAGGAUGAUCCUAGAAAAGAACUACAAGAGUCCCACAAGAUCAGCAAGGUCUCGAUCUCCAUCACCUUAUACCCGAAGGCGAAUGUGUGAACUCAAUAAGGAUAAUGAACAGCGGCUUGCUCAUUUAAACUUAGGCUCUUAUGAGUUUAAAUCUGACGCUGAUGCCAAACCACCCUUUAUAGUCAGACAUGUUGACAAUACAAAGCCUGUUGGUGAGAAAGCUUCAUCUCAGCUGAAAUUUGCAAAGACAAGGCAGCACUCAAAGUCCACCAACCACUUGCAUGAACCUCCAUUAAGAAGAGCUAUAUCCUUUGACAGUUUUCAAGCUGAAACCUCCUCUAGAAAGGAUCAUCUGUAUUCAGACAAAUUUAGAUCCUUAAGAAAAGGACCAUCUUCUGUUGAGAGAGAGGAUUCCGUAUGUUUCCCUCUAAGGUCUAGUUUCCUUUCAUCGCCUGGAGGUAGCCCAACUCUUGACCGCUCUCUUGUAUGUGAAAGCCUCCAGUCUGACCACAACACAUGGGAAUCCAUAAACAACCGAGUACGCAACCUCCUCUGCACUCACAGUGCCAAGCAGCUCCUUUCAAAUUCCAUUUCUAGUAGCGAAGCAGAUGAAGUCCUUGAAAGGAGGUGCAGCUCUACAAGGAAGUCGCCAAACAGUUCACUGGCACAAAGAUUUUGACAAGUAGUAGACCAAGACCUUCAGGUACUAUUUUUGAGAAGAAGAAACUUUAAUAUGUUUGAAGAAAUGCAAGGAUCUGUAAAACCUGAUGAUUUCAUUUGUGGUACAUAGAAUUGCUUGUGAUUGUAAAAGUUAUUUAUUCCAUUUUAUAACAAAUAUGCUUAUUUUUCAAAUUGCUUAUAUUUUAUACAUCACAAAAUUCUUUUUAAUGAAAAUAAAAUAUUUUGAAAAAUAA